UCGACACACGACGCUUACAAAAUAUAUCAUAGAACUAUCUUCCCUCGUCUCUCGAUCGAACAACAGACCACAUCAAAAUAAAGUCUUUUUAGGCAAUGAUUAAUGGCAACCCCAAUAUCAUGGCCUACGAAAGAAAGCACCAACUUCGUACGCUUGAGUAGACUGCUGAUUGAUGGCGGAACCCAUGUGCUUAAAGAUGUUUUCGACAAAAUUCACCCACAAGCCUCACUGCACAGCGCACUACACUCACCAACCGUUCAUGCCACCCUAAAGAACUUGAGAAGUAAAAGAGUCCUAACCACCCAACAAUGGCAACAUCUGUAUCCUAGCGUGAGUUCGGCAAGUCAUGUUACAUCAUCGGAUUUUGACAUUACGCUGUUGUAUUUGCUCCUUCGAAACAUUUGCAGUCUGGUUCCGCCAUCCACAGGAUGGGACAAACUCCCUAUGCAAUCUGACAUUACCAGAGAAGCUGACCUAGUGCGCUUGAAAUUUUACAGAAAUAACAUAUUCGCGCAUAUCUUAGAAACUUCAAUCGAUGAUAAAGAUUUUGAGACUUUCUGGAGCGAGAUUGGUAGCGUUCUUACAAGACUUGGUGGAAGCCAAUAUAAAAGCGAAGUUGAAAGGUUGAAAGUGGCUUCAAUCGAUGAGGAGGACGAAGCUUCGUAUGUAAGGAUAUUAGAAGAAUGGCAAGAUUACGAGAGGUAUUUGAAGACAUACAUUAAGGAAGCAGAAGAUAGAGUGAUGGAAAAACUAGACAUUAAAGAGGACAAUAUUUCAAAGAAAUUAGAUGAAGCUGAGCAAAGAAUAACAGACAAAAUGGACGAAGUAAGAGAAGUCUUUGAACGAACUGUUCAUUCUGAUGGUCCACAGUCUCCUGAGGAAAAAGCAUCUGUCACACAUUAUAACAUUACAGUAAAAGACAACGCACAGUGUGCAGUAGGAAACCAUGCUUCGUCUGUAAGUUAUGCAAGGGUUAGUUCUCUGAGCUCUGAUCCUGACUUGCAAAACAACUAUGAGCUAAAAAUAGGAGAAAAAUCCUAUAACUUGAAGACCACGACGAGAUGGCACACUGAACUGCAACUAAAGCCUGUGGCCUUUCACAUGCUGCCGAGCAUCAAAACAGACGACAUCUUCACCAGCCUCAUCAUACAGUACGGCAGAAAACCACUCAAACACGAAAAAGGUGGAGAAUCCAGAAAUGAACAGCUGGAUUGGUACGGUAAAGCGUGUGGGAUUCCUGUCCAAAGAUGCCAAGAUAUUUUUACUGGAACUAUCCCUGGCAAACUAAACCCUAAGACUAUCCUUGUCAUAGGAAAACCCGGGAUAGGGAAGACCCUUUUUUGCCAAAAGUUGAUUCGCGAUUGGGCGCGCAACAGAUUGUUCGACGAAGAUUCAAAAUUUGAAACCCCCGACUUCAAGUUUGCGUACUUGCUCACUUUUCGCCAGUUGAGUUUUCAUGAAGAUGACACUUUUAACUUGAUGGAACUUUUAAACCGUUCUUCGCUAUUGGAAGAAUACUCUUUAGUCGACAAUGUCCUGUUUGAAUACAUGUUGCAUCAUAAGGAGGAGCUCCUGGUCAUUAUGGAUGGUUACGAUGAAUACUCAAAGCGGGAUGAAAUUGUCAAUCAAUCGGAGGAGAAGUACCCGAACGAUCCUCGGAAUAGGAUGCCUGUUUCGGCAAUGUGUUCGAAGUUGAUCAAAGGGAAAAUUAUGAGAGAAUCGGUGGUCUUGGUAACGUCGAGACCUGCCGAGGCGGACGAAUUGGGACAAGUCAGUUUUGAUGAAUACGUAGAAAUCACCGGCUUCUCCUCAAAACAAGUGAGAGAAUACAUCGAAAAGUAUUUUCAAGCAGACGAAGCAGUAAAGAACAUCAUACAAGAGCAUAUUAUGGGCAAUGAAAACCUCGUCAGCUUUGCUCACAUCCCAGUUCUGUGCUUCCUGAUGUGUUGGUACAUGGAAUGGCAAAUUCAAUCUAACAGUCACUCCCGAACCUUACCAGUUACAGUUACUGAUUUGUGCGUUGAAGUUAUUCAAGUGUUUGUACAGAGGCAUCAUUCUGAGCUAAAGGGCCGUCAUUUACGUCUAGAAGACAGAAGAAGAGCAAGUGCAGAGCUUCUGGGGUCUACACUUCUUCAAAAGUUCCAAAGAAGGCGUCAUUCCAACAUACAACAAAGCACCGAGGAUGAAAGUGUGUCGCCAUUCCAAGAAAAGGUUUUGGACAAAAUUUCCAAGCUGGCUGCUAAAUUGCUUAUCGAGAAAAAGCUGUCUUUUAGCAUCGAAGAUAUGGAGAGUUUUGGUCUAACACGAGAAGAAAUCGAAAAUCUCAAAGCUAGUGGCCUUCUUCAGUGUGGUCCUACCCUCAGAAUUUCUCCCUUUGAAGUUGCACAUAACUUCAGUUUUACUCAUUUGAUUCUGCAUGAGUACCUAGCUGCACUUUGGUUUGUAAAGGAAAGAAGGAUGCCGACCAAAGACAUGGCGAUCGGAAUGGUAUGCCAGUUCAUGGCCGGAGCCCUGUCCUUGGAAAAGAAUAGAAAGCUUCUAGAGAAGUUGGUCGAUUGGAUAAAAAUUCAUCCAAGCCUCAGAAAGGACCAAAAACUGCUUUUGACAGCAAAGUGCCUCUACGAAUUCAAAGACAAAGAGUUUGCCAAGAUAAUUGUUGCAAAUCAGUACCAGCGAUACUGUGAUGACGGCAACAUUCUCUUUCUUAGUAUCACCGAUGUUGACUGUGUCUUGGUAUCAUUCUUGCUUGACAUUUUCUCUUCCCUGAACGAAAUUCAGGCGGGGAAAAACAAGAAGACACUACAAGCUUUACUUCGAAAAAAGCCCUCAUCGACACUCAAGACAUUGUACAUUGGGAUGUCGACGCUAACUUUGUCUGGUUUUCAACGAAUUUGUAAUUCGCUGAACAAUGAGUUCUGCAGUGUUACAGAAAUGGAAACUUUUGACUGUGGUUUGAGGGAUGAUUGUGCGCCCUGUUUAGGCGAACUGUUAGUGAAGAGCAAUCUAGCCUACUUGUCUAUGAAUGAGAACAAACUGACUGACAAAACUGCUGCCAUACUUUGCCAUUCAUUAAAAGACCAAAGAUGUCAACUGACAAGACUCUACCUAUCCUACAAUGAGAUAAGUGAUGUGGGAUCCGAGCUGCUUUGUAAAACACUCUUAGAUCCAUGCUGCAAAUUGACCAGGCUGGUGAUGUACAAAAACAAUGUAACAGAUGAAUGUCAAAAGUCACUGAAGUCUCUGAUAGAGAAACAUAAACCUGGUUUUGACUUAAGGUUUUAAAUUUGGAAAAUUAGUCGAGUACAGUAGUAAUUUGUACAAGCAGAUAGUGGUUUGGUUGUAAAAUAACGGUAGUUUUGCGAGAUGAAAAAACACUUGUGGUCGAUAAGUUAAUAAAUUAAUAAUAAUAAGGAUGAUUAUGAUGUUGAUGUUGAUGGUGAUGGUGAUGGUGAUGGUGAUGGUGAUGGUGAUGGUGAUGGUGAUGGU